UCUACAGGAUGGAUCAUAAAGACCGGACCUGACUAGAGUGCCCUCGAGAGACGAUGCUAUCAUUGUCUUCUAGGACAGCUUCUCUAUGGUUCAGACCCACCCAGAAACACAGCCAAGCUAUUGUGUUUGGUCGCCGUGUUUCUUUCCUUCGACACUGAAGGUUCUGAGUUCUGAAGAGAGGUUCCGUGAAAAAGCGACGAUGCCGAAUUGCUGUUGCAAAUGCCUCAAGGGCUUGUUCUGCUUCUUCAAUGGCCUUUUGUUUGUCGUGGGAGCGACCAUGUUCAGUUUAGGCCUCUGGGUUUUGAUCACCAAGAGCGUCUACGUCUCCGCCAUGCAGUCCGUUUUCGACAAAUUCCAAAUCAUGCUGUACAUUUUCAUUGUGGUUGGCGCUCUUGCCAUGUUUCUUGGCUUAUGGGGCAGCCUUGGACUCUUCUUUGGAGUAAGAUUCGUUUUGAUCGCCUACAUCCCGCUCCUGAUCGUCGUUGUCAUCUUCCACUUUUUCCCUGGCUUGUUUUUUUACUUCGAAAACCAGAAGACGGAAGACAACCUCGCCAAGAACGUCCUCAGCCUCAUCCAGAGCUAUAACCCAAUGGACCAGGCCAACCAGCACAAAGAGAUAACUUGGGAUUACGUCCAGGUCCAACUGUCUUGUUGUGGCUGGAGCGGGCCGGAAAAUUGGAAAAACAACAGUUUUUUCCAGGAGAAGGUGGGAACCUACCCAUGUUCAUGCAGCAACCACCCAGCCAGCUUCCAACCAGCACUGGGCGUCUGCAGGUUAAACACCGUUUCCCAUAAAUCUGUGGUGAAUGACUGGCCCGUGCAAAAACAGGGAUGCAGUACGCCUGUGCGAAAGUGGUUCAAAGCGGUAGCGGACAUCAUGUUCCUCGUGUCCUUCAUCGUGAUCGCCUUCGAGAUUCUGGGGAUCAGCCUUUCGUUUUACAUUUGCGCAGGCCGAAACGUGUACGCCGUAGGUCACCGCUGAGUCUCCCAAGUGGAAGACCGCCAUGAUUUAAGGGGAGCGUUGCCCAGAGGGGGGGAAAAAAAACAAAAACAAAAUUCCUUGUUUCCAGGUUUUCUUCAGGUUGUUAAGAGACAUCUUGGCCUGGCUGGUAGCUGAUUCGUUCAACUCAAGCCACACGUUCUGAGCCUCCAGAGGUUGAAAUGAAAUUUCCAGUAUCUCUCACCCUUGAGUGUACUGGUUUGGACUUCUGAGGGUCGAGGUCCCCUCAGAAAAGGAGAGUUCCAGGAUCCCUAUAGUGUAUCUUAAAAGAUUUCAAAACCUGGCCAACCUCUGCGACGUUUGCCCAGUCAGCUAUAUCCACCAUUAGAUAUAUGAGAACUUGAAACAUUAACAUCAGCUCUCAGCUACAUAAUCUAAUCCACCGUUUCUCAACUUCAAAAUUCUGGGAGUUGAACUCCACACAUCUUGAAAGUGCAGGAGGUGGAGAAACACUGGUUAAUUUUUAAGCUUUAAUCCACGGUCACGGUUUAGGAUGAUCCUCCUUUGCAUGUCUGUAGCUUUCCUCCAUUAUCCAAGAAUUGGAUAUCCAAGAAUUGGAUAAUGUGUUUAAUUGAUCCAGAAGAUCAAUCCUGCAUUCAAUUCUAUCCACAAGAAACUUGCUGCCUGUUGGACUGUCUCCUUCCAAACGUGCUACAAAAUUCCCGAGAAUUAAAGGAGACUUUUUUUCUCAACGAUGCGCGUGAUGCAUCCGGUUGCUUUGCUCUUUGGAGAAAGACACGUUCUCCAUAAACUUCUUUCAAGCUCUUGAACCUGCUGCUGCAGGAUUCCUCCACGUUGCUAAAAUAAAACCUCUACACGAAAAGAUGAUUCCCGAGUCCUUCCCAUCACUGUUCGUUUGUUGGUGACACCGAGCAGAUCGAAGACAGCCCCAGCCUUGCAAGUGUGAUUUUGCAGAUUUAUCCAAUGCCUUCUGGUGUGUGGGUGGGUGUGGGUGGGUUUGUGGGUGUGGGAGAGAGAGAGAGAGACAGAGAGAGAGACAGAGACAGACAGACAGAUAGACAGACACACACACAAACACAGAGAGAGAGAGAGAGAGCGACAGAGAACCAGACAGAGACACAAAGAGACACAGAGAGAGAGACACAGAGACAGACACACUCACACACAAACACAGAGAGAGAGAGAGAGACAGAGACAGAGAGAGACAGAGAGAGAGAGACACACGCACAGACAGAGAGACAGAGAGAGAGAGAGAUACAAGAGCGAGAGAGAGAUUUAACAAGGAUGUCAUCCAGAUCACAAAAAAGUUAUAACUCUAUACCAGUUUUGGCGAACCUUUUCGGCACAAAAUGCUGAAACGGGAGCGUGUGCGCAUGCCGGAGACCAGAAGAGCAACCGCUCAGUGUGCAUGUGUGUGCCGGACAGAUGAUCUUCUGGUUUCUAGCGCACACAUGCGCACUGGGCGGCUGCUCUUCUGGUUUCCAGCGCUCCCGGGUGCAUGAA